GGGGGUGGGAGUGAGAGGGAGGGAGGAAAAUAAGAGCCAUCGGUCUCUUCUCUCUGACUCUCAUACUACUGGAUAUUGUUAUUUUUUUGGGGGGGAUCUCUUCAUUUGCUUCAUCUUAUAUUUUCUCGCUCAUAUUUAACGACAAGUUGUUUUUAGUUCCAUCGGUUCCUCUCUGCUUCCAAGCCGCGCUCCCUGCUCUCUGCAUGGGACUCCGCCGCCGCGGCUCUCCGCUUCCAUCGCUUAUUCUCGCUCUCUCACCUCCGGACUAAGAGUCUCCGAUCGAUCAAUCAGUCGAUCGAUCAGCCGCACCGACGGGUGAGUUUGAGAGAUAUUUUUUUAUUUUUUUUACAAACUCGGAGGACGGGAGGAGGAGGGGGAGGAGGGGGAGGGAAGGGGGGGGGGACUUCAGUCGCUGCAGAGUUCCAGGAUUCAAUCUUUCUUCCUGUGCGCGUUUAUGAUCGAGUUAUUGCAAUAAAUGAGAAGAAGCCGCGUCGGAGGGAUGCGUUAGACUCCGCCGACAUGGUGCCAUUUUGGAGAUAAGCCCCCCUUCUUUUUUUUCUUUUUUUUCCUCCAUGGGACAGGAGGAAAAGCGGGAUUUCAGGUUCAAGUCUUCGCCUCCUCCUCCUCCAACACAACCCCCCCCCCUCCCCACCUUUAAACUCCCACCUCCACCUCCUCCUCUUCCUCGCUUGAAGUUAUGUCAAGGCCUCUCACUCAGCUCCUACCGCCGGAUCUCCCUUCCGGGGCCGCGAGCCCCCAGUUUGAGGCCAGCAACCCGACCGGAAGUGCCCCCCAAGGCGGACACCUGACCUCCAUGACCAACCUGAAGUCCCUGCUCCAGCUGCCAAUCAAGGCCGACCAGAGAGGCACCAAGGACUGCUGCGAGAUGAAAGACAAAGACAAGCCCUCGGACUCUGAGGAGGAAUCGCAGAGCAUCAGCCCUGGAGCCGGGGCGGGGGCCGCGGCGGGGGCCGCAGGGGCCCCCGCGUCCGGCGCGUUGCGGCCCAACUCCCAGUCGGCGUUCCUGGGCCCCCUGCUGUGGGAGAGGACCCUGCCGUGUGACGGAGGCCUGUUCCAGCUGCAGUACAUGGACCUGGAGGAGUUCCUGACGGAGAACGGCAUGGGGAUGCACGGCAACGGGCCCAGCUCCACCAGCGCCCAGAUCCCCUCCCAGAGCUCCCAGUCGGCAGUUCCAAACCAGAGCUCCCAGUGCCCUCCCUCUUCUCCUCCGCCCUGCUCCUCCUCUUCCUCCUCCAUGUCCUCUUCAUCCUCCUCUUCCUCGCUGCUGGGACUGGAGACUGUCCAGCCGCAACCGCCGCCACCGCCGCCACUGCCGCCUCAACAGCCGCAGCAGCAGCCGCAGCAAGGCAUGAUGGGAGGACCUGAGUGUCCUCACGGUGGUCGGGCGGUGCCUCAGGACCAGUCUCCCACUUCUACCUGUCCUCCGGGACCCCCCGGGCCUCCGGCCGCCGCCAACGGCACCAGCGACGUGACGGUGAACUUUGACCCCGACCCGGCGGACCUGGCGCUGUCCAGCGUGCCGGGCCAGGAGGCGUUUGACCCGCGGCGGCACCGCUUCUCCGACGAGGAGCUUAAGCCUCAGCCGAUGAUCAAGAAGGCCCGAAAGAUGCUGGUCCCCAAUGAGCAGAAGGACGACAAGUACUGGUGCCGCCGCGUGAAGAACAACGAGGCGGCGAAGCGCUCGCGGGACGCCCGGCGCCUGAAGGAGAACCAGAUCUCGGUGCGCGCCGCCUUCCUGGAGCGGGAGAACGGCGCCCUGCGGCAGGAGGUGGCCGACAUGAGGAAGGAGCUGGGCCGCUGCCGCAACAUCAUCAACAAGUACGAGAGUCGCCACGGAGACUUGUGAGGACGGAGGAGGAGGGAAUGAGAAGACAAGGGUACAAGGCACACCCAUCAACAGCAGCACUUUAGUUGAAGUUGCGAGGGGGGGUGGGGGGGGAGGGGUGGGGGGGGAGAGGGCGUAGAUCAGAAAAAAAAGUGGCGUCCUUCGGGGGGAGCGCGUGCGACGCCAUCUUUUUCUGUUCGGGUCCCUUCCCAGUUUGACUGUCUUCGUACGCGCCCCCCCCCCCCUCACCGCUCGCGUCACCUCGCCAGCCCACGCGUCGCCCCCCCCUCCCCUCCCUCCCGUGGUCACGUCGCGUGGCGUCCCCGCGGGUCCUGCGUCUCCAGGCCGCCGCACAUGAUGCCAGUGAAGUCUCACUUUUUAAGCUCAAGGGCACGGAUUCAAGCCAAGGGGGGGGGGGGGGUGGGGGGGCAGAUGUGUGAUUCUUUUCUAUAAAUAGGACAACAACAAAGAAACAUGUAUAUUUUUGAAGUGGGAAGGAAGGUAAGAGGAGUCCAGCAAAGAGGAGGAGGAGCAGGAGGAGGAGUGGAGGAGGAGGAUGAGGAAGAGGAGGAGGUUUUCGUCCAUAACGUAAAGAGAUUUUGACAAAGGAUUAUUGUAUAUUUUUCUAUUAGCAGAGAUAGUGAGGAGGAGGAUUUUGGAGGUGACCUUUUGUAUAUUUUCUAUAAGGGGGGGGGGGGCAGUCAACGGGCCACACAAAGCGCUUUUUCCCUCCCCAGCUGUUUUGGAUUCCACCGGCUGGUCGCAGGGCGCCACGGAGAAUGUAUCACGGCUGAAUCAGGUAUUUCACUCGAGGCGAGGCCGGCGGG